GCAGCGGCAGUUACCAUUGACAACAUUGGAGAAAAAUGGCGGACGAAGUAUAAACUGAAAUUUGUCUGGAAAAUCGUCGAUUAUUCUUCUUCAAAAUGUACGCAGCACCAUGUAGCCCAUCCUCUUCCAUAUUUAGCGAAAUGCUUGAACUUAAUGCAACGAGAAAUAGCAGCAAACGGGACUAUUCAGAGGAGGAACAACUAUCUGUUGGAAGUAGUUACGAUGCGGCGAAAAGUUCACCAGUGUUUUUCGGUCGUUAUGGACACAAACUUUCCGAUUCUGUGCCUGAAAUUCCCGAAGGAGAAGAUGGCACGUCAACAAGAUCCUCAAUGUUUCCCGAAUUUGAUGCCUCUAUCAGUCAUCCGGCAACUUUUGGUUAUGUUUUGUUGGAUAGAAAGCCAGUUGCACCUCCAAAACAAGAAUCCGCCCCUUUACCUCAUCCCAAAGAGUGUAGCCCCAGAGAAUACCUAGAUGCUUACAUGUUUCCAGUUCUCUUACCAGCAAUUGAGCAAAUGCUGAUAGCUGCCAAAGAGAACAAAGUGUUUGAGAGGAGAAGAUCAAAGUUUAAUGCAUGUGACUUUUUGACAGAGUUCUUGUUCAGGAACAAUCCCAGAUACAAGGAUAGAUCUAGCAUGACUUUGGAAGACAUUCCAUUUGUGCAAACAAUACUUGCGGAGCAUCCUCGACCUCCGUUACCGUUGUCUUUACUGCUCAGUGACGAAGAGGCUGCUAUUAUCAUUCAGGCAUUUUUCAGAGGAUAUCUGGUGCGUAAACAGCCAGAGGUUCAAGAGUUAAGACAGUACCAGGAAGAAAUGAGAAAUGAAGCUGUCGACAUUUUCUUAAAAGUGGAAGACUUCUGGAAGAAACAUCCAGUGGAUGAUGGAGAUGAAGAGGAAAAGAAAGCUGAUUAAUUAUUACUAGUAUAUUUUUGCACAGAGCAACAUACCUACAUACAAAGAGCAGUUGUUUUGCGGGGAAAUACUGGGUAACUUCGCCAUCGAACUUGUUCUUCACAAAAAGUAUCAGAACAAUAAUAUGACCUACCUGUUACUUUUACUUUAGAACGUUACUAAGAAGCUCUGAUCGUAACAAACGAAUUCUCCUUGCUAGUACCAAAGGAAACGUACAGCGAAGGGUAUGGAGACAGAUGUUAAGGUAGAAAGAGUUAAACAGAUUCUGGGGGCGCUCUUUUUGUAAGAAUUCAUGAUGUAGUUUGUUUCUUGCACAUUUAUUUCGAUAGUUGGUUGAAAUUAAAGCCGGUCUGAAAUAUAAACCUU